AUGCACGGUGACUUAUUGGUCUGCAUUAAUAUCUAUGUCGCUGCUGUAGACGGCCGCCAUGCUUUAAUCACCCCCCAUCCUCUCUUUGUUUGUCUGUUUCUUAUUCUUUCUUUCUUUCUACCUUCUUUCCUUUGCUUGUUACCUCUUUUUCUUCUUUUCUUUUCUUUCCUUCUUGCUUUGUUUAUUUGUUUCUUUCUUUCUUUCUCCCUUCUUUCCUUUGCUUGUUAUCUUUUUUCUUUCUUUCUUUCUUUCUUUCUUUCUUUCUUUCUUUCUUUCUUUCUUUCUUUUUUUCUUUUUACUUUUCUUUUUUACUUAGAGAAAAGAACUUGUUUCUUUUUUACUUUUUUUUCUUUUCUUUCUUUUUCUUUCUUUUUUUUUUCUUUUUACUUUUUUCUUUUUUCUUUCUUUCUUUUCUUUUUCUUUCUUUCUUUCUUUUUUCUCUUUUUCUUUCCUUUGCUUGUAAACUCUUUUCUUUCUUUCUUUCUUUCUUUCUUUCUUUCUUUCUUUCUUUUUUUCUUUCUAUUCACUGUCUAUUUCUUAUUCUUUCUUUCUUUCUACCUUCUUUCCUUUGCUUGUUACCUCUUUUUCUUCUUUUCUUUUCUUUCCUUCUUGCUUUGUUCGUUUGUUUGUUUCUUUCUUUCUUUCUUUCUCCCUUCUUUCCUUUGCUUGUUAUCUCUUUUUCUUUCUUUCUUUCUUUCUUUCUUUCUUUCUUUCUUUCUUUCUUUCUUUCUUUCCUUUACUUGGAAUCUCUUUUCUUUCUUUCUUUCAUUCUUUUUUUUUCUUUCUUUCUUUCUAAAUUUUUUACCUUCUUUUCUUUGGUUUUGUUAUCUCUUUUUUUCUGAAUUUCUUUUCUUUCUUUGUCUAUUUCUUAUUCUUUUUUUUUCUUUCUUUCUUUCUUUUUUUUCUUUUUUUUCUUUCUUUCUUUCUAUUCACUGUCUAUUUCUUAUUCUUCCUUUCUUUCUCCCUUCUUUCCUUUGCUUGUUAUCUCUUUUUUUUUUUCUUUAUUUCUUUCUUUCUUUCUUUCUUUCUUUCUUUUCUUUAAAAAUUCUUUUUUUUCUUUCUUUCUUUCUUUCUUUUUUCAAAAUUUUCUUCCUUCUUUUUCUUUCUUUCUUUUUUUCCUUUCUUUCUUUUUUUCUUUCUUUCUUUCUUUCCUUUCUUUCCUUUCUUUUUUUUUUUCUUUCUUUUUUCUUUUUUCUUUUUUUUUCUUUCUUUUUUCUUUCUUUUUUUGCUUGUUACCUCUCUUUUUCUUUCUUUCUUCUUCCUUUCUUUCUCCUGUUUUUCACUUUCCCUUCUUCACUUGUAUAUUUUCAUUUAAAUUUUGAUCCCCUUAUUAAAAAAAAAAAAAAAAAAAAAACGACCAUUAUCCAUUUUGCACUCUCUUAA